AUGACCCAGAGGCGUGACCGCCAUGGCAUCCUGUAUAUAAACCCCUGCCCUGCAGCGGUUGCACUCCAUCCCCUCAACCACCACAGUCUCUUCGCGGCCUCACCGGAGGCAGGCUUCAUAGUGAACGCCCCCGUCAAUGGCGUGUGGCCCACCCACGACCCGCCUGCCUCCAAAAGGGAGAUGACGCAAGAUAAUAAUGCUAUCCGGUGGCUUUCAAGCCUGUCCGUCAGGACAGCCCGCGUUGCACAGAGGAGGCACAGCUCUCGCAUCGGGUCGCUUCGGCGUCCGUGUAAGAGUCUCUCCGCUUGCAGGGUGCACCGAGCCCCACCGUCCCAAGGCAAGAUGAAGGCGGGUGGAGAGGGAGCCGGCACCUUCGGGGCCGCGUGA